UUUUUUUUUUAACUUCCAAAAAAAUGAAAACACAAAACUGGCCAAAAUAAAAACAAACUCACACGUUCGCGGAUUGUGGGAAAGCAUUGAGACAAGAGCACCAUCGAUUCAAACCCAUGUCUCUUCCAUUUCUACAUAUCCGGGUUACGCGCAUGAGUUGCGGGCAUUAUGCUUUUUAGUGUUUUUUGUUUUCGUUUUGUUUAUAGAAGCUUGAAGCAAACCGAACCCACAUUUUAAAAUUGGAACUUUAUAUUUGUGAGGGAACUGGGGUUGAAAAUCUCAUCUGGAUUAAUAUGUGUAAAAUCUUCAAUAGAUAUCAGUGUUGUCAUUGAAUUAGAAAUAUCACAAAGAUUGUGAAUAGCAAUGGCUCCAGGAGGCAGCACUUGUAAAGAAGUUAUUCUGUCUCAACCUGCAGUUGCAGACUAUGACAUUAAGGCAGAAAAAAAUAGUUCACUUGGCAGAGCUAGUGUUGGUUUGGUUGGACAACAUGCAAUUUAUUCAAGCAACGGUGUAAAUGAGCUCCUUGAGUGUCCUGUCUGCAGAAAUUUUAUGUACCCUCCAAUUCAUCAGUGCCCAAAUGGACACACUUUAUGUUCGAACUGCAAGAAUAGAGUGCAUAAUUGCUGCCCAACUUGCCACUAUGACCUUGGAAAUAUCAGGUGUUUGGCUUUGGAAAAAGUUGCAGAAUCAUUGGAACUCCCCUGCAGAUACCAAGGUUUAGGUUGUCAUGAUAUUUUUCCCUACUACAGCAAGCUCAAGCAUGAGCAACACUGUUGUUUUCGUCCAUACAAUUGCCCUUAUGCUGGAUCUGAGUGCUCUAUCACAGGUGAUAUACCAACCCUUGUUACACAUCUUAAGAAUGACCACAAGGUUGAUAUGCACAAUGGGUGUACAUUCAACCACCGUUAUGUCAAAUCAGAUCCAAAUGAAGUUGAAAAUGCCACAUGGAUGUUAACUGUGUUUAACUGCUUUGGAAGACAAUUUUGCUUGCAUUUUGAGGCAUUUCAGCUUGGCAUGACACUGGUCUAUAUGGCCUUCUUACGGUUUAUGGGUGAUGAUAAUGAGGCAAAGAAGUUCAGCUACUGUUUAGAAGUUGGUGCCAAUGGACGAAAACUAACAUGGCAAGGAGUUCCAAGGAGCAUCCGUGACAGCCACAGGAAAGUUCGUGACAGUCAGGAUGGGCUUAUUAUCCAGAGGAACUUGGCCCUCUACUUUUCCGGUGGAGACAGGCAAGAGCUGAAGUUGAGGGUCACAGGCCGGAUAUGGAAAGAAGAAUGAGAUAACAAAGAGGGUGUCGGAUAUUAAGAGUGAUUGACGGUUGUACAGUAUAGAAUUUCUGAGACUCACCAGCAUUGUGCUAAGUGCGAAGUAUGAAGCUUGAAUUAUUCUGAUUCCAUGUUUGCUUUAUGUCCUUGUACUGUCUUCUGAUUUUAAAGCCUUUGUAUAAAGAAAUUUGUCUGUCAGCUCGAUGCAGAUGCGGAUUGGGACAGAUUCUGGAUUAAGUUAGUGUAGGAAUUGAAAUUUAUAGAUUUCAAUCUGGCAGCUGCUCAAAAGACCCGGCAGCAAAACUCCUUUGUACUUCACCUAUUUAUUAUCUUUUUUAAUCUACAGUCUUUUGGCUCGUGUUCUUCAUACCA